UAUCGGAUGGUUUCCAGAGAAGAUCGAGGCGCGACCUGUUGUCAGUGAGCAGUGACGCGUGGGGGGCAUGUCUGUCUGUGCUUUGGCCUCCUUCGUUAAUGUUGCAUUUCUGUUCUGAACUUCAACUCUCCCAGGGGUAGAUGUUUGGCGAAAUAUUGCAUCGGAGGAACACUUUACCCGAUCGAGGACUGGUGACUUGUUCACACUGAAGCGCGUUGAGAUUUACGCGUGGAUCCAUUCACUGUGACAGAGUGGUAGCGGAACUUCCCGGGUGUUUGAGUGUGGAGAUAAGAUAAGACAAUAAAUGAGGAGCAGUCGCCCUUAAAGGUCACCGUGGGUCUGCGGAGUGUCGACUGACGACAGGUGAGAGACCCUCAACGAUCCGCCGGAGCCCCAGCAGAGCCCCCCUGUCCCGAGCUCAGUGGUGCCCGCCCGGCAGAGCCCGGGGCUGGGAUGGAGUGGGCCGCGACCCUCCUGGGUCUGGGGGUCCUGAUCUCCAGGGCCGUGGCCGACUUCAACAUCCCUCUGGAAGUGGAGCAGCCUCCCACCAUUACUCAGCAGUCGCCCAGUCAGGUGGUAGUGCUCCCCUUUCCCUUCCACGAGAGAAUCAGCUUCACCUGUGUGGCGAAGGGGAACCCGCAGCCACAAUACAGAUGGACGAAGGACGGCGAGGACUUCACUCCUCCCCAGCCAUCCACCGGCGGAACGCAGCAGCUGAGCGACGGGAACUUCUCGCUGCCCAACGUUCACCUGGCGAAGUUUGAAGGGACGUACCAGUGCUACGCCUCCAACAAGCUGGGCACCGCCAUUACAGACCCGAUCCAGCUGGUAGUUCCCAGUUCCCCCAAGUUCCCGAAGGAGUACCUUGAGCCCAUUGUCAUCGAUGAGGGACAGCCUAUGGUCCUGAAGUGUAACCCCCCCACUGGCUUCACCCCCCGAAAACUAUACUGGAUGACUAUAGGCCUGCAGCAGAUCGAUCAGGACGAGAGGGUGUCCAUGGACCUGGACGGGAACCUGUACUUCGCUUACACCGUGCAGAACGACAGCCGGCCGGACUACUGCUGCUUCGCCGCCUUCACCGAGAUACGAGCCAUCGUCCAGAAGUCCACCAUGGCCAUGGUGGUGAACCCCUUGCCCAAAUCGGACGAUGGCGACAAGCACAGUGUCCCCGCCGUGAGGAAACCCAGCCUUCUGCUGCCCUCUGGUGUUCAGUCGGAGGUAGUGCUGCUCAAGGGGAGCAACCUUGAGUUGGAAUGCAUCCCAGAAGGAUUUCCGACCCCGUCAGUGGAGUGGGUGAAGCUGGGGGAGACGUUGCCCCCGCGGGCGGAGAUCCUGAACUUUGGGAAGCUGUUGAACAUCUCUCGCGGGUCGGAGAAGGACGACGGGAAGUACAUGUGCAAAGCCAAGAACGUCGCCGGAGAACACGUCCACUACUUUGACGUUGUGUUUGAAGAGGCUCCAAAAUGGCUGCCGGGGCCGCCCGAAGGCCAGCUGGUCGUGACCAGAUCUGACGUGCACAUAAAGUGCUCGGUCGGGGGAAAACCGCGGCCGAACAUCGUGUGGAGGAGGAACGGUCAGCUCCUGGAGGGUGAGGCCCUGUCGGACCGGCUCCAGGUCAUGGACGACUUGCUGCUGCUGCAGGACGCCGGGCCCGAGGACGGCGCCGUGUACCAGUGUGAGGCGUCCAACCGCCACGGCCGCCUGCUGGCUAACGCCAACGUCAUGGUGCUGGACGUGGCCCCCAGGACCCUGACCCAGGGCUACAAGGUGUACGAGGUCAUCGAAGGACACAACGCCACCUUGGGCUGCAGGGUGUUUGGCUCGCCGCUGCCCACCAUCUCCUGGGAGAAGGAGGAGGAGGAGGAGGAGGCCCCCGGCGCGGGGGCCCGGCGCUCCACCCUGCCCGACGGCUCGCUGCGGCUCAGCGGCGCAGAAAAGGAGGACGCCGGGGAGUAUCUGUGCUUAGCCGUCAACACCGAGGGGAAGGCUGACCUCACCGCCGUGCUGGCUGUGAGAGACCCCACCCGGAUCGUGGACCGCCCCCGGGACCAGCAGGUGGUCCUCGGGUCCCCCGCCCGGUUCACCUGCCGGGCCGAGUGCGACCAGAGCCUGGCCCACAGCUUCAACGUGGGCUGGGUCAAGGACGGCUGGCUGGAGAUCAACCCUGAAGACCCCAGGUACCAGGUGGACGACGGCGGCGUGCUGCUGAUACCCAGCGUGAACGCCAGCGACCAGGGGCUGUACACGUGCACCGCCCGCACCCACAUGGACCGGGUGGCGGCCUCGGCAAUGCUCACUGUGCUGGAUGUUCCUGACGCCCCAGGGGACGUGGAGCUGUCGGAACAAAAGGAACGCAGCGUUCGUCUGUCCUGGACGGCAGGAAGUGACCAUAACAGCUCUAUAACAGAGUUUGUGGUGGAGUUCGAGGAGAGCCAAUGGGAGCCGGGCAGGUGGAGGGAGCUACAGCGGGUCCCCGGUAACCAAGCAACAGCAGACCUGGCUCUGCAGGGGAACAUCGACUACCAGUUCAGAGUGUCGGCCGCCAACGCCGUGGGCCGCGGGCCCCCCAGCCAGCUCACCGGGAGAUACUCCACCCCUGCCGCAGCUCCGGACCGGAACCCCGAGGACAUCCGCAUCCACGGCCACGUCCCCCAGCAGAUGGAGAUCAGCUGGGAGCCGCUGCUGCCGGUGGAGCACAACGGUCCGGGCCUGGAGUACCAGGUGGGCUACAGGCGGCUGGGGGCGGGGCCCUGGACCGAGCUGAUGGUGAAGAGGCACCUGCUGGUGGUCCAGGACACGCCCACCUUUGUCCCCUACGAGAUCCGCGUGCGGACCCUGAACGCCGUCGGCUGGGGCCCCGAGGCCCGGGUGGUCACGGGCUACUCCGGGGAGGACGUUGUCGUGUGGCACUGUGUGAGGCAGAAUGUGUCAGUGCCCACGGCAGCUCCGCGGGGCGUCGGCGUGGAGGUGCUGAACGCCUCCCUGCUCCGGGUCAGCUGGACCCCCGUACCCGAGGACACCGUGAGGGGUCACCUGGGGGGCUACGCUGUCCACUGGGUGCGUCGGAGGAGUCUCCUCCAGGGGGAGCCGUUGCGGGGGGAGCGCUACUCCCUGGUGUUCGGGGGGAACCGGUCCCACGGCGCGCUGCCCGGGCUGGCACCCUACUCCGAGUACACCCUGACCGUCAACGUGUACAACAGCAAAGGCAACGGGCCGCCCAGCGACGCCGUCUCCUUCCUCACCCCCGAGGGAGGUCAGUCCUGGGCCCCGCGGGGACAGAGGUCCACCUUUACACCGAGGGCGCACAUCAGACUCAUCACCCAAAGCCACUCACAAUGAGGACAUGGGUCGGAA